GCGCUUUCGCUGUGCAUUGAGUUCCUGCAGGACAGAAUGGACGAAAGCACAUGUCUAGAUGUGCUGGUCCUGGCUGACACCUACGGGCUGGUCCAGCUAGGGCAGGCAGCCGAGGAGUAUAUUGCAGCCCACUUCCAGUGCGUCUCUUAUGGGGAAAAGUUCAAGGAUAUUCCCUUUCACCUCCUUGACAAGCUUCUUAAGAAGGACUCCUUGUCUGUAGAGAGUGAGAUUGUGGUGUUCAAGGCAGUAGUGAGCUGGGUGGAGGACAACCCUAAAGAGAGACUCCAAUGCCUGUCCAGCCUGCUCCUUCAUGUUCGGAUCACACUCCUCAGCUAUGCUGAACUUCAGGAGGCCCUUAGUUGCAGCAUCUUACUCAGGAGCCCUGGUGCAAGGAUAACACUGGUAUCCCUCCAAAGUCUCAUUGCAGGGGAUUACAGAGGGCCUAAAUAUCAUCCUCGCACCAAAAACCAGGUCCUGGUUUUGGUAGGUGGGGACACUGUUGAUGAUGAAUUCAUGAAGAGGGUUCCCAGCCAGACCCUGUGGUUUGCUCAACAGUUCCACCGUGGGCCCGGUUUAAGAAGGAGCAUAGAAUGGAAACCAUUUGCAAAGUUUCCUGAACCUGCGCGAUUCAGACACUGUGUCUGUCUCUUGAACAAGAAACUGUAUGUGUUGGGAGGACGCAAAUACUAUGGAGCACUGGACAUCCUCAAGUCAGCAGUGAGGUUUGACCUGACACAGUGCAAAUGGGAACAGCUCCCUGACAUGUUGCAUCAACGGGACUACUUCUCUGCACUGUGCCUAGAUGGGAAGGUUUUUGCUCUUGGGGGAAAUCACAAUGACCAUCAAUACCACGAUGCUGUGGAAUAUUACAGUCCUGAGGAGAACACGUGGAGGCUGGCUCACCCUCUGGACACAGCUGUUUGUGGCCAUGCUGCAGCUGUUCUGGAUGGGCAGAUCUAUAUUUCUGGUGGUUCUGACUCCCAUCACCAUUGCCUCUCAUCUAUGUGGCGCUACCAUCCUUCCCGUGGCUGUUUUCCCAGAUCACCCAUGACCGUGGGAGCAGGACGUGCAGGCCAUACAAUGUUAGCUUUAGGAAGGCGGUUGGUAGUAGCUGGAGGGCUACAGCCUCUCUGGAUAGGCUUUGGAGAUCAGCUCUUGUGUGAGCUGUAUGACCCUACACAGGACUCCUGGUCCUCGUUUCCCACUCUGCCUCGAGCUCAUCUAUCACCAGGAGGAACUGUACUUGAUGGUAAAUUGUAUGUAGUAGGAGGUUCUUCAGCAAACACAGCAAGGGAUACCAAGUGGGUGCAUUACUAUAACCCUAAAGAGCAAUGUUGGGAAAACCUGGGUGCUAUGCCCUACCCAUAUACUGAUCUGGCAGCUUGUUCACUGCCAUGCCCAGAUGUGGUUAAUCAUCAAUAAAAUCUUUAAGUAGUAGUUGAUUCUCUAUACUGGUUCAGAGUGUUACAUGCAAAUCUGCUCGUGAAACUCCGGAGUCUGAUAACAGAGUAUUGCACAGUAGAACAAUUUAAACUGAUCCAGCAAUGAUUACAUUUGCAAGCAGACAAUAGGGUUAGGUGUGGACCACAUUAGUCAAGUCAAGCAGAUUUUGAUACUAAUUCCUUCCAUGAACCAUAAAGGCUCUUGAAGCUCAUCAGAAAUUUUUUUGCCUUUUGUUAUUUUUUUUUUAAAUUCUGACACAGGUUGGCGCUAGCUUAACUGGUAGAAGUAAUCAGAAGGUUUGUGGUUCGAUCCCUGGCUGCUCCAGCAUGCCAAAUAUCUUUGUGCAAGAUACUAACUGUUAACUCUAAACAUUGUUCUCUCCAUGAAUGGGUGUGUAUGUUUGCUAGAAAGCACUUGCAUAGAAAAACCAUAGAAAAAAAGUUGCUUGUAUGAAUGGGUGAAUGAGGCAAGUUGUGUAAAGUGCUUUCUGUCUAAGCUUAGAGUGCUCAGUUACAGUAGAAAAGUGCUAUACAAGAACCCUUUCAUUUGCCAUUUACACUAUCUGAAAAUGUGCUUGCAUAACCUAACACCAUAAAAUUAAUCAUUGAAACUAAUGAGUCAAGUGUGAAAAUGCAAGAGCAAAACAUUUGCCGUUGAGCUCAGAUUAGAUGUGAAUCUGAGCUCACUAAACUAAAUGUUUUCCAAGUAAUCAUUUUGUAUCUUGAGCAGUUUCAACUGAAAGCUUAUCGAUGCUGCCAUCAAGUAGCAGCCAGUGCAUUUCAGGUGCAUGAAAAAGCAUUUUCAAAUACCACAGUGACACUGCUUCAUUUAAAAUACACACAGACACACAAAUAAAAACAAAUGUUUGUAGGCAGUGGAUGUGAUUAUUUACCUUUUGCUAGUUUGAAUCAAACACCCUCUGGCAGCACAAGCACACCAACAUAUUUUUGUAUGCUCUUGCAAAUAUUUUGAGGUAUUAAUACAUGUCAUUAUAUCAAAGUGUACUGUAGUAUAUGAAUGCACUAACUUUUCUGUUUAAUAACAUCACAAGAAGACUAAUAAAAAUGUCGUGGCAUUGCACAUGUAUAAACUAAUUCUAAUUUAAUGUAAUGCUUUUUAACAUAUUGAUCUGAGGCCCAGAUGAACCCACACUUGUGAUGGUAGGACACACCCAUAUAGGUCAAAAUCACAGCAGGCCCUGUUAAGGCCGUAACAUGUACAAGAGAAAAGACUCAACAAAGGAAUUAAGAUCACAGAGAAUGCAUCUGUAUAUGCUCCAGAUUUCUGUGCUCCACCUCCGCCUAAAGAUGCAAUGAAAUAUUCAUGUGAAUUUACUGUUGUACUCAACUAAUUCAGUCAGUUUGCAGAGAGUGUUGUCUCCCAUUUCUAAUGACUGUAUAUUAUGCAAAACCCUGCACAAUUGUGGACAGGUGCUAUUUCAAAUGUGAUUUCUAUUUAUGUUCAGUUUAAUGGGAUUAAUGACAUGUUAAUCUUUAACUUUCAUUCAAAUGUUAAAAAUACACAUAAAAAAACAGACAUCCAAAAGUAACUUGACAUUUUAGUUAAAAUGUUACCUACAUUAAAAUUUCAAUAGUCCAAAUUACACUAAAUGAGGUCACAGAACAGUCAGUUUUCUGCAUUGUGAUACAGAAUUGGCCUGUUUAUCUGAUGUUUCACACAUCUUCUUCACAUGCAGCUUCCCAUCUUGAGUAACAGAAUUAGGUUGCAAAAACAAACAAUGAAUAGCUCCAUUUCUUUGUAGUCUGUUCUAAUCAUGCUAUCUUUGUGACUGUUUUUUUCUUUUCGUGCUUAUUUUCUGUUUACUGUUGAUAAAUCUUCUGUAUCACAAGCUGUUUUUUGCAUCUGGAAAUGCACUGUUUGAGGCAUGCACAUUUGCAAAAAGGAGGUUUCUGUGUUUUUGUCGUCUUUGAAGUGAAUUAAA